AUUGGGGCCCCUCUGCUCCACCCCAGCCCGCCAUGGCGUCAGGCGCCGCAGCACCGGGGAGGUGGUUCCCACUUUAAAGAAGUGAAGUUUUUCGCCCCCUCCCCCUCCCCGCCUGCCUCUUGCAGCCUCCCGCGCCCCGCGGAGCCGGCGGAUGGAGCUACGCUGCGGCGGCGUAGGGAGCCAGGCUGGGGGGCGCAGGAUGGAUGGGGACAGCCGAGAUGGCGGCGGCGGCUGCAAGGACGCCGGGUCGGAGGACUACGAGAACCUGCCGACCAGCGCCUCCUUAUCCACCCACAUGACAGCCGGAGCGAUGGCCGGGAUCCUGGAGCACUCGGUCAUGUACCCGGUAGACUCAGUGAAGACACGAAUGCAGAGUUUGAAUCCAGAUCCCAAAGCCCAUUACACAAGUGUCUACGGAGCCCUCAAGAAAAUCAUACGGACUGAAGGCUUCUGGAGACCCUUGCGAGGCCUCAAUGUGAUGAUAAUGGGUGCGGGGCCGGCCCACGCCAUGUAUUUUGCCUGCUAUGAAAACAUGAAAAGGACUUUAAAUGCCGUUUUCCACCAUCAAGGGAACAGCCACCUAGCCAACGGGAUAGCUGGGAGUAUGGCCACCCUGCUCCACGAUGCGGUAAUGAAUCCAGCAGAAGUCGUGAAGCAGCGCAUGCAGAUGUACAACUCGCCGCACCGGUCGGCCCUCAGCUGCAUCCGGACAGUUUGGGGGACGGAGGGCUUGGGGGCCUUCUACCGGAGUUACACCACGCAGCUGACCAUGAACAUUCCCUUCCAGUCCAUCCACUUCAUCACCUACGAGUUCCUGCAGGAGCAGAUCAACCCUUACCGGGACUACAACCCGCAGUCCCACAUCAUCUCAGGCGGGCUGGCCGGGGCCCUGGCUGCAGCCGCCACCACCCUGGACGUCUGUAAGACCCUCCUCAACACUCAGGAGAACAUGGCCCUCAGCCUGGCCAAUGUGAGCGGCCGGCUGUCGGGCAUGGCCAAUGCCUUCCGGACAGUGUACCAGCUCAACGGGCUGCCGGGCUACUUCAAAGGCGUGCAGGCCCGGGUCAUCUACCAGAUGCCCUCCACGGCCAUCUCCUGGUCCGUCUAUGAGUUCUUCAAGUACUUCCUCACCAAGCACAAGCUGGAGAAUCGAACUCUGUACUAAAGGAGCAGGCUGUGGGCAGUGAUUCUGGAAGCUCGGGUUGUGCAGAGACUCUCCCAGUCUGCUUCCAUUCCCCUUGCCCUGGCACCAAGAUUAUUGGGGCAGGGUGUGUGUAGGACGGGACUUCUGCUCCCUGACGCCCUAGAGAGAGGAGGGGAUGGGACAGCCGCUUCCCUGAGGGCCGUUCGCGGCGACAUCCCAGCUGGUGAAAGGUGGGGAAAGAUUUUGGAAGGGGAUCGAGAAAUUGCUUUUUCUCUUCCUCCCCUCCCGAGAGUGUGGUGGCUUCUCUGUUUCUGUGUAGCAGCUUCUCCCCUAGAAUCAGAUCACACAGGAGGGAAGAAAAUGGGCAGUGACCGAAAACAUUAAAGGGGAAAAAAAAAAAAGAAACCCAAUUAUGUAUAUAAAAGUUCCAGUACACAGUAUAAAAUAGAUGGAUAAUGUUUAUCCUUUAUUUUUCUAUGUAGAAGUUUCUGGAUUUGUGUGUGUGUGCGUGCGUGUGUGCCUGUGCGUGUGUACAAAUAAGUGUUAACAGCUGGGAAUAUGAAGCUGUUGUUAAAAUUAAAAAAAAAAAAAAUAGAGGGCUAAAUUCUUCCAUGGGGUUAAGUCACAAGGCACCAAAGUAAUAAGUUGCUCCAUGUGGCUAAAAUUGUGUUUGCCCCUCCCCCCCAUGGAAGUUCCACUUGAAUGUAAAAUAAUAAAUGUAAGGUUUUUAUUUUGAAUUUCUCUUUUCAUGGGAGAAAAAGGUACGUUGAAAAAAAAAAAAGUCAAAAUAAUGAUAUAUUACUUCUAGCUACUUUUUUUUUUUCUCUUAGUCACCUUCAUGUGCCUUUUCCCUUUGUCUUUUCUAGAAAUUCCAGGGCCAAGGAUCUGGCCCUGGGCUUUUCCUCUUGCUGUGGGCAUGCCCCACGUGCUCACACUGGGUGGCAGAAUGGCCCACAUUGCAGGACAGUGCCCCCUGCCCCAGUGGAAUUAGGGUAGCUGGUUUUAAACUCAUGAGACCAUUUCCUUCCCCCGUGAGUGGUGUGAAUGUAUGCCUCUCGGGGCCAUCACUUAGACAACCUUGCAGUGCCAGCAUCUGGCUACUUGUGGGGGCGGGGAAGUGGGAUAAGUCCUACCUUGAUCCUAGUAAAAAGGCUAAUUCUCCAUUCGGCCUUUUUAAGGCACUUCAGGCACACAUGUCUGUGUGCAUUUCAACUAAAUCUCCUGAUCCUAUGUUUCUCUGUGCAGUUUUAGGGAUUUUGAAAAAAACGCAGCGGUGUAUCUAUGGCAUUUGUCUGUGCCCUUGUCCAUCACGAAUUCCCCCAUUAAAGUGCCAGGCCAGGCCCCCCAGCCCAGCUGCCAAAGGGACCCGGGGCCCUCGUGCACAGUCAGGACGCCUCGAGGGCCGUCUUUGGCCUCGCUUGGUCCGCCCCAGCUGAGAAGACGCCACCGCCUGCCUGCCUUGCUUUCUGAAAUCUGAGCCAGAAUAUUACUGAGGGCCAAGGCAGGCCACGCCCAUCCACGGCCGCCAGCCCUCUCUGGGAAGCCCCAGUAACUCCCCUCUUCAGAGCCAUCUUUCAAAAAGAGCGGAAAGCGCAUGUGUGUUUUCGUUCUGGCCGGCUUGGUCGUGACCUUUGCCCUUUACCCUCCGCUUCGCCACCGGCCUGGUCCAUGUCCUGCAUUUUCACCGAGGCUCAGACCUGGGCUGCUUCUGAUACCAUGAACCCUGGGAUGGGCUUAGGUGGCGCUGGGACAGUUCGCAUCUUGGGAUCCUACAUGCGGUGCCUCCAGGAGUAGUUUGCAGGUCGGGGACAGCGGAGGACCACGUCAGGCAGCGCCCACCCACGUUCAUGCCUGAUGAGUAAGUAGGAGCUACUCCUGGGCUGGGAAGCCUUGUCUGUUGACCUCAGAGUUAGCUCACCCCCCACGCCCUGGUGGAAAUCAGUUGCAGAGAACUUAUGUCCCACUCAGGGAGGCAGAAACCCCAGGGAGACCGAGCUGCCGCGGGAAGCGUUUGCAACUCUCUAAAUACACCCUCCCAUAGCGCGGCAUUUUGCCAAGGGAAGCAAAACGAGGUUCAAUUGUAAAAUAACUAUCCCACCACCCCUUUUUGUCCACUGACAAUACACCACACGGCUGCAAGAUAUUCCUUGUUCCUUAUGGCGAUUUUGUGUGUGAUGGUAUUAAAGAAAGAAGCUCCUUGCUUCCCUGAGAAAACUCCUUUGGGUAGAGAGAUGUGAGAGGUAGUUUCUGGAUUUCAGAGUCCGUGGGCUCAGUGGAAAAGUCGAUCCUAGCUUGAUCCUGGCUUUCCUUUCGCAGUGUGUGUGGAUCAGCUGGGAAAAGGGGGUGAUGCCUCCUGCCCUGUCUCCCCAAGGGGGUCUUCCUGAGGCUGACCAAGGGAUGUAUCCGAAAAAGCUUUGAAAGUUGUGAAGCACUAAACAAAUAUAAGUGGUUGUUAAUUGUGUGGGAAUUAACCGCCCACCCCCUUGCCUUGAGCUCCAAAGCUUGUCUCCCUGCCCCAGGCAGACUGCAGCCUUGUUGUUGAUUGUGACCUUGACUUGGAAUGAACAAAAUAACAAGUUCUCCCCACCCCCUACCCCCAGUGAUCCCCGACCUAAUGUAGUCGUGACAUGUACUUGGUCAUUGAGAGAGCAUGUCUUUGGGGUGAUGACUGAAGCCAAGCAAUGUUACUCGGGUACAGGGCUCAACAAGUGUGUGUGUGACUCGUCUGCCUGAUUUGGGAUCCAACCAACCACUUGUAGAUCCGAGUUUUAUUUUAGAAUUUAAAAAUUGCUUUUUUUUCCCCAAAUGGAAUAAAUCUUCAACCCAUGAUUAUUUUUUCUUAACUUUGGAUGGAAUCUAGCUAUUUAUGGGGCUACAUCCUUUUGUGUGGUUUCUUUUUCCUUUUUCCUUUUUAAAGGCCUACAUCUGUAUUCCUGGAGCUGUCCCCCCAAUCCCCCCCAAGGCUGCACCGGCCACCCAUUGUUAUGCCAAUAAGGUUUUAUUGAACUUUAUUUAAGGAUGAUUGUGCCUGAUCGAUACAAAUGUACUGCUGCUUCCUUCCUAUGGGACACAUGAUUUAUGUUAUCAGGAUGAGCAAGUGUUGUUUCUUAAAUGCCUGUCAUAAGUAUCAUGGUUUCUGCCAGCUCUUGGAAGAAAGGGAGAAAUGUGUGUUGAUGUAUGGGGAUAUUUCUGAUAUGCUGCUACAGUUGUGACACUGGAGCUAGAGAAAAUAAAGCCUUGAUUCUUUGAAA